AUGGUAGACUUCGAAACCGCCAUCCAAGACGCCGUCGCUACGCAAGAGAUUCCUGGCUGUGCUGUGGCAGCUACAAGUCGCGAUGGCUCAUUUACCUACUCUAAAGCCUUCGGCGCCACGUCCAUGGACUCUUCUCGCGCCAAACCUUUCGAUCUCAAUACCAUGAUGUGGGUAGCAUCCUGCACCAAACUCAUGACUUCCAUCAGUGUUAUGCAACUCGUUGAGCGCGGGAAGGUGACCUUGGAUGAGCCUAUCUACCGCAUCAUCCCCGAACUAGAAGCGUUCAAAGUACUGACCGGCUUUACUGACGAGGGUGCUCCAAUUGAAGAGAAGCACAAGAAACCGAUUACGCUACGGAAACUUUUGACGCAUUCAAGUGGUCUGGUGUACGAGGGCAUGAGCCACCCAUUAGCGGCGGCGUGGUCGAAGUACCAUAAGAAGCGUCCUAGUGGCAGUGGGAAGUUACUCGAGCGGUUUACCUGCCCCCUCAUGUUCGAGCCCGGUACCAGCUGGACAUACGGCCCUGGGAUCGACUACGUCGGUCUAGCCGUCGAGCGCAUAUCCGGUCUUACACUCGAAGAAUACAUGAAGAAGAACUUGUGGGGGCCACUUGAUAUUACUGAUGUUACAUUCUUCCCUUCCACGCGCCCAGAUCUGCAAGCUAGAAUGGCAGACAUGAGCGAGAGGACAGAAGAGGGAAAGAUGAAGCAUAGUGAUUCGCCGAUGCCGUAUCUAGACGGGGAGGGUAAGGAAGUCGUCGAUUGCAUGGGUGGCCAGGGCAGUUUUACUUGCGUGGGAGAAUAUAUCAAGGUAUUGAAGGGCGUGUUGGCUUGCGACGAGGGUGGAGAGGGGAAGAUCCUGAGUAAGGCGAGUUUGGAAGAAUUUUUCAAGCCUCAUUUGAGCGAGGGGAGUCGCAAGAUGUUGAAUGCUGUUAUGCAGGACGAUAUGGCGAAUAAUGCGAUGGGCAACACCCCAAAGCAUUUGACCAAAGACUACAGUCUUGGCGGCAUAAUCAUUACAUCCGAUGCGCCCGAUGGCAGGAAAGCGGGGACUAUGCAUUGGGGCGGCUAUCCCAACUUGAUCUGGUGGAUCGAUCGUAAGACGGGGCUUUGUGGGAUCUACGGUGGACAGGUAGUGCCACCGGGUGACCCUAAGUGUGCCGCCUUGACGACGAAGUGGGAAGAGGGUGCUUAUGAGUUGUUUGAAAAGCAUGGGCGAAACGGUGAAUCGAAAAUCUGA